UGCCAAGAUCAAAGGGACCUCAUGCAGGUCCUGUCCGGGAUUAAGGUUUUAUCAGCAGUUUCACACAGGAAUAUGGCACGUCGCCUUGGAUUUUGUAUUGACUCUGGCUGCACCUUCACUAGUGAUUCAUGAGUAUCCUGCAAAUGGUACCCUGGAGUAACAUUUGCACCAAAGUAGAGGACUAGAAAAAAAUAGCCUUGAUUGGUACAAGAGAAUGAAAAUUGCUGCUGAAAAUCGCAUGUGUCUUUAGCCUUCUUGCAGAAUGAAAUAUUUCCUUCUUUCUUUCACCAUAAUAUCAAAUCUGGCUACAGAUUUUCAGAUGAUGAUCAAUCGGUUACAAUUGCCUGGUUCUGGCCACUUGAAUCAUCAAGCCUUACGAAUGAAUCUUAUUAAAAGUGAUUAUUUCCGACUUUGGUGUGUUGCUGCUAGAGUUGAUUACAGGCUCCAAGAACAAAGACCUCCCAGCUGUAGCAUUGCAAAAAAUCAGGAGUGGAAAGCUAGCAGAAAUUAUGGAUCCAUGUCUUUAUUAUCAUAAGCAACCCUCAAUUCAUAGACAGCAAAUAGAGAUAGUAGCAGACAUAGCAACCAGAUGCCUGUUGUUCGGUGGACAUGGCAAAAUUGGGAUGGUAGAAGUUGCUGGGAAGCUAGUGCACAAUUAGAAAAGAAGAAACAUUCUCAAAGUCAAUAUCUCUGUCUCCUGACUCUAUAUAUGCACCUUAAUUUUUUUUUUUUUUUCUUUUUGUACAGAUAUAGGAUUAUCACACAAUAAUUACAUACAAGUGAAAACGCUUGCUCCCUUCUCUAGCAUAUCAACCUUAAUUUGUGAUAUUGUCAUUGAUAACUGGUUAAUCCACGUUGUUAUAUAUGAUGUGGGUGUAUCAAAUAUACUGAAUUUUACGUUACUUAAAAUUACUGAUUUUAGGUAGAAAUUCUGUUCAUUAUCUCAUAAUUUAUAUUGUAUUUGAUUUUAAAAACAAAAGUAAAUUAAAUAAAAACUUAAAAAAGCUUUCAGAAAAUAUGAAGAAGAAUUAAUCCAAAAACCAAACCACAAAUUAUUGCAAAGUAGUGCACAGAGAAGAGAGUAGUGAAUUGGCAUUGGGGAAUAAAAUAAGAGUCUGUCACGGCGCACCAUCACAUUUGUGUAGAAACGUGGUGACAACUGGAAACGCGUUUAAGAGAGCUUCAAAUCUCCUGAAAUUCUUAUUUUCUAUUUUAAAAUAGAAAAAAAAAUCCACCAUAGCUUAAUAAAUUUACACCAAUGUAGAAAAAAGGUAAAUAUAAUUUUAUUUCCUUUCAUCAAGCAAUUAAUUUUUUAUUAAAAAGUUAUAAAAGGAAAAAUAUAUGGGUCAAAAUGCCAAAUUACAUAACAAACUUCCAUUUCUUCCUUUGGAAGAGAAUAAAGAAAAAAAAUUUGAAAAGAAAUGAAUUGAGACUGUAUAUUUAUUUUCUAUUUAAAGUGGAAGGCAAAUAAGAGAAACAAUUUUGAGAUUUACUAUAAUAUAAAAUUAAGCCAGAUUUACUAAACAUUUUCCCUCCUCUAAAAAAAAAAAAAGGCUCUUUUAAGUUGUAAACCCGAGUAAUCAGGAUUGAUAUGUUUGAACGUUGAAAAGAAAAGGAAGGGGAUGCCAUCCUAUCGAAUGCUACGUUUGCUCCACAUCAGACACCAGGCAGCUAAUCCAUUAUUUUGACUCUCUACCUUUUUCCCACUCGUUUUCCAUAUGUAUAAAUACACUCACCGCAUGCCUUGGAUCAUUGCCCCUCCAUCCAUCUUCCCAUUCUACUUCUUACAUCAUCAUUAAAUCAAGAUGGCUCAAGAAACCAAUGGAAACGAGCCUCGUGGUUCACCCAGACUCAAUGAGAGGAUCCUUUCAUCCAUGUCGAAGAGAACUGUUGCAGCACAUCCUUGGCAUGAUCUCGAGAUCGGACCUGGAGCUCCCGCAAUCUUCAACGUUGUGGUUGAGAUAACAAAGGGAAGCAAGGUCAAAUAUGAACUAGACAAGAAGACAGGACUGAUUAAGGUUGAUAGGAUAUUAUACUCAUCAGUGGUGUAUCCUCACAACUACGGCUUCAUCCCACGCACGCUGUGCGAAGACAAUGACCCCUUGGAUGUCUUGGUCCUCAUGCAGGGGGAGAAAGAUGACAAGAUCAUUGCAAUUUGUGCCGAUGAUCCAGAGUAUAAGCAUUACAAAGACAUCAAAGAGUUACCCCCUCAUCGCCUCACUGAGAUCCGUCGUUUCUUCGAAGAUUACAAGAAAAAUGAGAACAAAGAGGUUGCAGUGAAUGAGUUCUUGCCUGGAAACCAUGCUGUUGAUGCCAUCCAGUACUCCAUGGACCUGUAUGCUGAGUACAUUCUGCACACCCUGAGACGAUAGACAAAAUCUGAAACAAUGAACACGGGAGGCUGUGUGUUCCAUAAUUUUUGCUUCUGGGAUUUCAUUAUUUUUGAAUAAUUUGUUUAAUCAAUAUUGAUUGAUUAAGAUUUAUAUUUUAAAUUUCAUAUUUGACUUACCUGUAAUCUAGAUGAUAAUAUUCAUGCUUUGUUUGUAACAAUGAUAUUUUAAUACAAAAUAUUAUAAUUUCGCUCUUUAUGUAUUGGAAAGUUGAAACUAUCAA